AUGUCUACACAAGUUUCUACAUUCCAGUUUUCCGUUGAACCUUUUAACCAGACAGCUACAAAAUGGUCCAGGUGGGUAAAACGGCUGGAAGGAGCAUACAAAGUUUUUAAAAUUCCAGAGGAAAUGAAAUUGCCCUAUUUACUACAUUACAUGGGGUCGGAAGCAUACGAUACACUGUGCGAUAAACUAGCUCCAGAGGUCCCUGAAGACAAGUCAUAUGAGGAUACAGUUAAGUUAAUGGAUAAUUUUUACAACCCUGCACCACUUGAAAUUGCUGAAAUAUUUAGGUUUCAAUCAAAAAGACAAGCAGAAGGCGAAAGUAUACAAGAAUACCUACAUUCUCUACAGAAACUUGCCAUAAACUGCAACUUUUCCACAUAUUUAAAAAGUGCUAUACGAAAUCAGUUUGUUUUUGGUUUACAGUCAAAGAGGAUUCAAGCCAGACUAUUAGAAACAAAGGGAUUGGACUUGGACCGAGCCGUAGAAAUUGCAGCAAGCAUGGAAACUUCAGAAAAGGAUAGUUUAGUUUCAGUGGAGGUUGAGCACCAGGAAUUAAAGCACACUCUAAAGUUGUAUGUGGUGGAUGGUGAUGGCUACUCACUGGUUGGUCGAGAGUGGAUACAUGCUCUGGAAAUCAAUUUACAUCAGAUGUUUUUGUAG